AUGGCUCCCUCCCAGACAAACGGCGAGCUUCAGAAGAAACAGAAUGGCCCGAUUGCAGCCUCGUCAUCGCCCAAGCUGGAGGAUCUCACGGCGGAGAACCUGACCGCGCAUGUGAUCAACAUCAGCUCCAACAUCUCCAACGAACGCGUCAAGUUCAUCUUCUCGAAGCUGAUCCAGCAUGCACACGACUUUGUGCGCGAGGUCGACUUGCAGCGGGACGAGUGGGAGGCUGCGUGGCAGUUCUUGACUGAUGUCGGCAAAGCCUGCACGCCAGACCGCCAGGAGAUGAUCCUCCUGUCUGAUAUCCUGGGCAUCUCUGCGCUCGUCGACACGAUCAACUCACGCCAGGCACCCGGCACCACCGAGUCGUCGGUGCUGGGACCAUUCCACAACGAAGCCCACUUCUUCGAGCACGGCGAAAGCAUCUCGUCGACGGGCUCGGGCGAGACCAUGCUCAUUCGGGGUACCGUGAAGGACGUCCGCGGCAACCCGAUCCCGAAAGCCUUGCUCGACAUAUGGGAGACGAACGGGAACGGGAAAUACGACAUGCAGGAUGAGGAUAUCCACGGGCCGGACUGUCGGGGCAAGUUCUACACCGAUGAGAAGGGCCGCUUCUACAUCAACGGCGUGAAGCCGGUCGACUACCCGGUGCCGUUCGACGGGCCGGUGGGCGUUGUGUUGGACCUGUUGAACCGGCAGGCAUACAGGCCUGCGCAUGUGCACUUCCUCAUCACCCACCCCGACUACGAAAAGCUCAACACCGCCCUGUACAACAAAGAGAGUCCGCGCCUGACGCUCGACCCGGUCUUUGGCGCCAAGACCAGCCUGUCCAAGGACAUCGUCUGGUGCGAAGACCUCGAAGUCGCCAAAGCGCACGGCACCAAGCCGUUUGUCCGGAAAGUUGACGGCCAAGACCGGGAAGGGUUCUGGAUUCUGGAACACGACUUUAUUCUGGCUGAUAAGCAAGGGGAGAAGAUAAGGAAGACGCAUGACUAG